AUGGCCGUUAUCUCAAUAGAAAUCAUAUCUGACGUUAUCUGUCCUUGGUGCUUCAUCGGCUAUCGCACUCUUCAGAAGGCAAUAGCUCUGUACAAAAAGACAUACCCCGGCGGUUCAGAAAAUGAGUUCGUCAUUGAGUGGAAACCUUACUUUAUUGAUCAGGUUGCACCUGAGACAAGCGUUCUCAUCAACGACCGCAUGGCCCGCCGCAUGACGCGCUCCCAAAUCGAAGCUGCGCAGAAGCGUCUCAAGCGCAUCGGCAGCACCGUAGGCAUCUCGUUCAAAUUCGGUGGGUACAUAGGCUCGUCACGACUUGCGCAUCGGGCUCUCCACCUCGCUCUUGACAAGGGAGGGAGUCAGAUGCAGUGCACGGUAGCGGAUACUCUGUUCCAAUACCAGUUCGAGCUCGAAAAGGACGUUAGUCAAAUGCACACUGUCGUGGAAGCUGCAGAGAAGGCCGGAAUGGACGGGGACCUUGUGAGGGAGUAUUUGGAGGGGGAUGGAGGAAAAGAGGAGAUCGAGACGGCAGAGAGAAAAGCCAGAAAGAGAGGGGUCAAAGGGGUGCCGUGUUUGUGCAUUGGAGUUGGGGGCAGAGUGGGAGAGCAGGUUGUUGACGGGGCUGGGGAUAUGGAGGAGGUUUUCGAGGCGUUGGUUAGGGCUCAGCCGAGAGGUUCUGUUAAGGCGACUCUGCACCACACCCCACGCGUCUACCCGUCAAGCCUUGGGGACUACAACUUACCUAGCACUACACACGUCACCCGUUCCUUGCGGAGUAAAUCACCCGUAUAG